UUAAAGGUUUUUGCGCGCGUCGUAUCGUGGUAUAGAUAUCCGCCGAAAUGACUUUGAUGAUAAAGUUUUUCACUUUGCUUGUGAAUAUUUUGUGCUUGCCCCUCCAUUUGAUCUACGCGGCGGGCCUGUACUCGAUCUACAAGCGCAUUUUCCCCUUCUGUGUCUACCGGAUAUCUAUGAGCUACAACAAGAAAAUGCACGACAAAAAGAAGGAGCUGUUUAAUAAUUUGUCAGAGUUUAAGAAGCCUGGCGGUCAGCUGACGAUUUUGGAGGUUGGUUGUGGCACAGGCGCAAAUUUUGAGUUUUUUCCGUCUGGCUCCAAGGUGAUCUGUGUCGAUCCGAACCCCAAUUUCAAGUAUUUCCUGCACAAGAGCGCCAGCAAGUUUGAGCACCUGACGAUUGACAAAUUCGUGGUGGCGUCGGGAGAAGACCUGAGGUCGAUCGGGGAUGAAUCGGUGGACGUUGUGGUGACGACUCUGGUGCUGUGCACGGUUAGCGACAUACCGCAAACACUGCGUGAGGCGCACCGCGUGCUCAAACCGGGCGGAUCCUUUUAUUUCCUGGAGCACGUUGUUGCCAAUCCCUCUUCUUGGACGUACUUUUUGCAGCAUGUUCUCCAGCCAGCUUGGUACUACUUCGGCGAUGGAUGUAUGCUUAUCCGUUCAACAUGGAAGGAUCUGGAAGCAGCUGGAUUCUCUCAGCUCAAAUUAAGACACAUUGAAGCACCACUCAACUUCUUAAUCAAAGCACACAUCAUAGGCUAUGCUGUCAAGUAGAUGUAGUCUGAGCAGCUUAGUAGGAGCUUCACAUGGUCAAAUUCUUGUGUGUAAACAUACAUACAUCAAGCACAUAACACUGCCUGUCAUAUCACAAACCUUUAAUGUGGACAUACACUGUUUGUAAAUAAAUGUUUAGUCCUAAAACAAAAUGCAUCAGGAUAUCAGUUUGAGUCAUACUUUCCCUCACAUGGUCAUUUUCAAUUUAAUUAAACAAAAAAAUAAGUCUGAUCAUAAUAAUGACUUUAUUUAUGAAGUGCUUUCCCAGGAAUCAGUGCUUUUCAAUAUAGUCAACAAGAAAGUAGUAACCAUGAUAUAAACAUUAAAAACACAAUUACAAUAGAUUGAAAAAAAAAAAAAAAAACAUUCAAAAUUUAAAACUUAAAAAAAAAACAUACAGUAAUUCAGAAAUACACACCCUCAGUGAUCAUGAACAAUAGAAGGUUUGAGCCUGGCCUUGAAAAUAUCCACAGAGCUGCUCAGCAGGUAAAUUAUUCCAUAAAAUCUGCACACAAGAACAAAAUAAUACAUCAGUUUUGAAUGACACAGAAAAAUCAAAACCUCAGCAUCAGCCAAAGACGAAACGAGUCACUACUGUGAAACCGUACUCCAACUUAACAGUACAGAAGCAAUUUCCUGUAAGAAUUGGAAAGUACAACUGCAGGUCACCAGCAUAGCAAUGAAAAUCUGUCUGCUAGCUACGUAUAACUUGACCAAAAGGUGCUAAAUACAAAGAAAAUAAUGGGCCAAGGACUGACCCCUGAGGCACACCAUUACUAGCAAUAAAGGAAAGAACUAAUUGAGACUGUUCACACAAAUAGGAGCAAAAAAAAAAAAGAACUUGACCAGAAAUACCAAAACAUUUUUGAAACUUACACAGUAAAAUACCGUGGUCCA